CUCAUCGUUCCCUUUCUGAAAAGGUAUUAUGGGACCAAUUCUAACCUAAAAUGCCAAAUCUACAAUUUAAUUGUUUUUCCCUUUUUGGUCCAACCGUAUCUCAAUCCGCUCGGCCAUCUUUUCUACAUCAGAUUGGCCAAUUUCCAAAGCUGAAACUGUAGUAUAAAUUCACAAGUAAACAAACGAGAAAAUUCACAAACAGAUAUAUUAUUAUUAAGCAUGGGAACGUUCCGCCAAGAACCCUUUGAUCCUUCCAUCCAAGACCUAAAGAUCACACUCCAAGACUCAACCCUACUUUUUCCAUCCCAUCGAACUGAAAACAAAUCCAUUUUCUUGUCCAACAUAGAUCAAAUUCUCAAUUUUAAUGUCCAAACAAUUCAUUUCUUCACAGCUAACCCAGAUUUCGCGCCAGAAGUUGUGGCCUGCAGGCUCAAAACUGCACUUGAAAAACUGUUAGUGCCGUAUGAUUUCAUGGCGGGAAGGCUGAAACUGAACCCCGAAUCGCGCCGGCUCGAGGUGGAGUGCAAUUCUGCUGGAGUAGGUUUCGUGGUGGCUUCCACUCAGUUUUCACUCGAUGAGAUUGGGGACUUGGUUUAUCCCAAUCCAGCCUUUAGGGGGCUUAUUGUUCAAAGCUUGGAUAACUUGGAAGUAGAUAAUCAACCACUUUGCAUUUUUCAGGUGACAUCAUUUAACUGUGGUGGUUUUGCAAUGGGCAUAUCUACCAAUCAUGUCUUGUUUGAUGGGAUAAGCUUCAAAAAUUUCUUAGAAAACCUUGCUUCCCAAGCUUUUGAUGACAAACCCAUGGCUAUCGUCCCAUUCAACGAUCGUCGCCUCCUCGCCGCCAGAUCUCCGCCCCGCAUCACUUUCCCCCACCCCGAAAUGCUCAAGCUCGAGAUUCCAAUCAGUGAAGACUUAAGCCCUCCAGUGUUUGAUUGCCAAAAGGAGCAGCUUGAUUUCCAAAUUUUUAACCUAAACUCUGAUAACAUAAGUUACUUGAAGGAGAAGGCAAAGAUCAGUGGUCCCAAUGAAAACACAAAAAUCACCAGUUUCAACGUAGUCACAGCCUUUAUCUGGCGGUGCAAGGCCUUGUCAUCUGGUAAUAAUAGUCAAAGGUUAUCUACUAUGCUUUUUGCAGUUGAUAUUAGGUCAAGACUGAAGCCACCAUUGCCAUUUUCCUAUUGCGGGAACGCGGUACUAAGUGCUUACGCGUCGUCAAUCUGCUCGAAACUCGAGAAUGAGCCUUUCUCGAGGAUCGUGGACAUGGUAUCUGAGGGGGCUGGCCAAAUGACGGAUGAAUAUACAAGAUCUAUAAUAGACUGGGGAGAGAUCUACAAAGGGUUUCCAAAUGGUGAGUUUAUGAUAUCUUCUUGGUGGAAAUUAGGGCUUUCUGAAGUGAAGUAUCCAUGGGGAAAGCCAAGGUACAGCUCUCCAGUGGUGUACACCAGAAAAAACAUCAUUUUAUUGUUUCCUGACACUAAUAAUAGAUCAAACAACAAAAAUGGGAAUGGAGUUAAUAUCUUAGUUGCAUUGCCUCCCAAGGAGAUGGAGAAAUUCCAAACCCUCUUUCACAAGUUCUUGGCAUCGGACUAAUAAAUUAAUUAAUAAAUAUAAUCUACAAAUUAAUCCGUUUGGAAUGUUUGUGCUACUAUGGAUGCAUAUAUGAUUACAAAUUGUUGUAUGUGUAAGUAGCAUUUUAUAAGCCAUUUGACUUAAUAAUUUGGAGUGAUAAUGUGAUGGUGUGGUGUAUGAAUGCUUUGAUUCAUGAAUUAGAAGCAAAUGCAUUAUGCUGUAUGCUAGAAUGUAUAUCUAAUUAAAAUUAUGCGUUAGCAUAUGGUUUGUUGAUUUUU